AUGGAUAUUUAUACAUUUAGAGUACUUAUUGGUGUAACAGGAAGUGUAGCUACAAUAAAAUUACCUGUACUAAUCAAAUCUUUAUUGGACUCGAACUUAUCCAAUCAAAAGAUAAUUUUUGAGAUAUCCACAAUAUGUACAGAGCAUUCAAAACAUUUUUUUCGAAAAGACGACUUACCGCCAAAAAUUUCUUUGUACGAUGAUGCAUCUGAAUGGGAUAGUUGGAAAAAUAGGGGUGACCCUGUAAUACAUAUUGACCUUGGAAAAUGGGCAGACUUGAUGGUCAUAGCCCCUUUAGAUGCCAAUACUUUAGCUAAAAUAUCACAGGGUAUUUGUGACAAUUUAUUAACUUGUACAGUCCGAGCCUGGGAUUCGUCAAAACCACUAUUAUUCUGUCCUGCAAUGAACACAAGAAUGUGGAACCAUCCUAUAACACCUAAACAGAUAGGCAUUUUGAAAGAGUGUGGUUAUGAAGAAAUUCCACCUAUAAGUAAGACUUUGAUGUGUGGUGAUACCGGUGUAGGGGCUAUGGCUGAAGUUGACUCCAUAAUAAAAAGAAUAAAAGAAAUUGCUGAAAAGAAAUAUACGGACAAGAUAAAUAAUACAAAGACAGUU